ACGACGCGUUUGUCACACAACUGCGUCACUGUCACACUCUACAUUACUGGGCGCUCGACUAUCGACGACGUUAUGUCCGCCUCCACGACGUGCUCUCAGUCUCAGGCACUGCGUAUCGCCGUUGCUCUCGUUGCGCUGAGAUAUAAGUCUACGAAGCAGUCGUACCAUUCGUAUGUCCUCGACUUGCAGAUACGGUUUCCAGUGCCCAUUGUUAUUGGGGACAAUGAGCAACAAUGGAGACAACGUGCGUUAGCACUUGAGGAGGAUCUUCGGAAUCUCCAGGAGAAGUUCAACUCGGAACAGAUUGGGGCAGAGUUAUCUGUAUUGCGAGCAAGAAGCACCGAGGCACGCACAAAGCCUCCAGCCUCCCCCUCUGCUUCCGGGAAGAGAAAACAGAAGAAGAAAGUUGUUAAGUCACCUGCGUCUGAUAUGAUACCCACACCUACAUGCUUGAAAUUUGGUUCGCUCACAUUAACUGAACACCCGCUUCCAGAAGGCGCUCUUCUAACUAGCUUCGAGCAUCUCACUGCGCUACUUGUUGAAGAUUCUCAAGAAUCCAAGACACUUUCCGUCGCUGCUGACAAAGCCUUGGAUCAUCUUGCGUCCCUCGUUUCAUCUGUGCUUUCGCCAAGCCGUCUCACUACGGCCUCCCACAAAGUCUUUCAAGCUGUCUCCUCUCUACUUCCGCAGUACCUAGUGUCGGUGUUGCCAGCAUAUGCGACCAUGAAACCGCCUUCCGAGGAGAUUCCGUCGUCACUAGACCGACUCCUCACACGAUUAAUGGAUUCAGUCAUCUAUCCUUUGAUUGCUUCCUUCCCAACAUUGUCGCUAGCCUUUCUCACUAUUGUUGCAUCAGAAGCAAAUUCCCCGCCUCUGAAAGCAACUCCUCAACCUCGCACAGUGAUCGAUCUUAGACCUCAUGUUCUUGCUUUGUUGCAAACCGUGGCUGACACACUCUGUCAAGUUAGUUCUGCUUCCGGAGGGAUCCUCGCAAGCAAAAUACGGGACCUCUUGGAACUGAUGGUUUUGAGAGCCACACGCGAGUUGGAUUGUCUGUAUCCAGAGCUUGCGCCACACCACACGCAUGCAAAUCUCGGAGAAAUAUCCCUGGCUAGACCACGUUCGGACUCGGACCGCUUGUUAAAGCUUGCGAGAAAGGACUCAUUAUGGUAUUUCUGCAACUAUAUACAUCUGAUGUUCUCCGCGUUGGACAGCUUUGAAGGAGGUGCGUCUUCGGAGCCGCACCGAGAUGAGGGAAGUACUCUGCUUGGCGAUGCUAUUCUUGUGUCUCUGUCGGCGUUGCUUCGGCGUACCCGCUGUGUGGCCCAUCAGACCAUUCGGUCGCAGAAGAAGCAGACGAAGAAGGACUCAACCGAAAUGACUUUGCGGGAACAUAGGAUCAUGGACGAAGUAGAACUUGACGGGAGCAGAGGUCAUCUGCAGAUGGUCAUGGCCUCAUGCGUAGUAUGUUCCACCUCAAAGGACCUCUGUCUUCUCUUCUUGAUAGGGCCCGCUCUCAUGCUCCCGGAUCUGUAUCCGAAUGUGCCUGCAACAUUCCAGGACUAAGGCAAUAGCGGCGUCGUAUAUGCAAUUUGUUUCCAGUCCAAUAUUUACACGACUGUCCGCUGUUCUCACCCAAGUCUCACCAAGAUUCAGGGUGUGGCGUUCAGUGCCUUUAAGCAUUUCUACAAUGGUGUCCUCCGGUAACUACGAGAACGCGUUUGAUGGACACACUAGGUCACCGACGACAUAGGGAUUCUCCCAAGAGAUGUUAUGUUUUGAU